GUCCUUCUUCCCUCCUCUCCUAGCUAGCUCACUCUCUACUCCGCAAUUACUUCACUUCCCUCUCUCUCUCUCUAGCCUUCGUUCUGUCUCUCUCUAUCUUUCAGGCUCAGAGACACCACGGCGAUAGCGACGUCUUUCUAUAUUUUCCCCUCCCUCUCUCAACUCAACCGUUCCAGAUCACGAAGAAAGGCUCAUCCAGUUCCUGUUAGAGAUAGAGAGAGAAGAAGAAACCGAUCAGAGUAAUGGUGGCCGGUAAGGUCAGAGUAGCAAUGGGCCUGCAAAAAUCGCCGGCGGCGUCCAACUCCAAAUCGGGAACCCCACCGCCGCCGCCUAAUAAACCUCCCAUCCCUUCCCCCAGCUGCGCCGCCGGCGGUAAACCGUCAUCCAACGGGAAAACCGUCUUCUCACGCUCAUUCGGCGUCUACUUCCCGCGCUCUUCCGCUCAAGUCCAGCCCCGCCCUCCCGACGUAGCCGACCUCCUCCGCCUCGUCGAGGAGCUCCGGGAACGGGAGUCCAGGUUGAAGACGGAGCUGCUCGAGUUCAAGCUUCUGAAGGAGACCGCCGCCAUUGUCCCCAAACUGGAGGGAGAUAUCUUCGCGAAGAACGCAGAGAUUGAGAAGGCGGCCACAAGAAUCGAGGCGUUGGAAGGGGAGAAUGAGAGGUUGAGAGCGGAAGCGGCGAGGUUCGCGGCGGAGAAGGAGGAGAGCAAUGUGAAGGUCAAGGCUAUGGAGAAUGAGAUUCAGGAGCUAAGGAAGGCGGCGUUGGAGAGGGAGAGGGAAAGAGAGAGCGAAGAGCUCUCGGCUUCUCAGAGGUUUCAAGGUUUAAUGGAGUUGACGAUGAAGUCCAAUCUGAUUAAGAAUUUGAAGAAAGGAGUAGGAGUAGCCAAGUCUGCGGCGGCGGCGGACGGCGUCAGCGAGGAGAACGGAAAUGCGUGCAAGCCGGAAAUGCCGGAGCUAACGGUGAAGCGGGAGGAAACGCUAAACGGUGACGGAGCACCGAGUCCGAGGCUUUCGAGGUGUAACUCGGAGGAAAUCGCUGAGUCGACUCUGUCUAACAUCAGAUCUCGCUGCCCUAGAAUCCCCAAGCCUCCGCCGAAACCGUCUCCGUCGUCAUUUCCGUCGGCCUCGUCGCCGCCGCCGUCUUCUGUCGCUGAACAAUCUGCUUCUGCUUCCGUUUCCGCACCGCCACCGCCUCCACCUCCCCCACCGCGGCCUCUGGCGUCGUCAACUGCGACUGCGAAACCAGCCCCGCCACCGCCGCCUCCUCCGCCGAAGGGGAUGAGAGCGGGAGCGGCGAAGGUGAGACGUGUGCCGGAGGUGGUGGAGUUCUACCACUCGCUAAUGCGGAGGGAUUCGAGGAAGGAAUCUGGCGGCUCCGUCGCCGAUGCGGGAGCGGCCACCGCCAAUCCCCGAGACAUGAUUGGGGAAAUCGAGAACCGUUCGGCGUAUUUACUGGCGAUAAAAACAGACGUAGAAACUCAGGGGGAGUUCAUAAGGUUCUUGAUCAAAGAAGUGGAGAGCGCUUCAUUUACAGACAUUGAAGACGUAGUGCCCUUCGUGAAAUGGCUCGACGACGAGCUCUCUUAUCUGGUGGACGAAAGGGCAGUUCUGAAGCAUUUCGAGUGGCCAGAACAGAAGGCCGAUGCGUUGAGAGAGGCAGCAUUUGGGUACUGCGAUCUGAAGAAGGUCGUAACAGAAGCAGCUUCCUUCCGAGAUGUUGCUCGCCAGCCAUGCAAUUCGGCUCUCAAGAAAAUGCAGGCUCUGUUCGAAAAGUUAGAACAUGGGGUGUACAAUUUAUCAAGAAUGAGGGAAUCGGCGACGAAACGCUACAAGGAGUUUCAGAUUCCGAUUGAUUGGAUGCUCGAAACAGGGCUUGUUAGCCAGAUCAAAUUGGCGUCGGUGAAGCUAGCGAUGAAGUACAUGAAAAGGGUAUCGGCAGAGCUGGAAGCUGUGGAUAGUCCCGCUGAAGAAGAGGAACUGAUCGUCCAAGGCGUUAGAUUUGCAUUUCGAGUGCAUCAGUUUGCGGGAGGGUUCGAUGUGGAAACGAUGAGGGCGUUCGAGGAGUUGAGGGAUAAGGCGAGGUCGUUGUCACGAGAGCCGAGCCAGCAACAGAGACUUGUUUGCGGCAGCAGCGGAAGGUUUUGCUAAGUUGGCGCCAUCAAUCUAUCUGUAGCAAACUCUGCUUCAGAGAGAAAUUCUGAAACCAUCAUCCUGGAGUGGAGCACGAGUUGUCUCUCCUGUUCUGUGUAAUAUACAAGUAAAGCCAAACAGUAAUGUGGAUUUUGUCAAUAGGGAAAAGGCGCCAUGCGAGCUGGCAAUCAUUAAUUAAUUUAUUCCUCUGCUCUUAAUUUCCUCUGGUCUGCUGGUGUUUUGUUUUGUUUUGUCUAAUAUAAAAUUGUAUGAUGUUCCUUUCCUUUCUGACUUAAUUGAGCUGACCAAACGCCAUUGCCGGGAGGUUGAAAGAAUGGUAUUCAUUAAAGAUCUGAAUGUAGG